AUGACCGUCCAUAUUCAUAGGACAAUUAGAGAAGAUUUAAUCAGAGCAAAGUUAUUAUUUAAUGCCGCGGGUAAUCAAUAUAAAGCAGGUGUUUCAUAUGAAACCAAAUUAGAUGACACCAUUUAUGGAGCGACUGGAGAGGUUAACGUUUGGAAUCCUUAUGUACACCAAGAUCAAUUUAGUUCAGCUGAAAUUGCUCUUCAAUCUGGUUCAGGAGAACAAAUCAAUGUCAUCAAAUUUGGAUGGACUGUAAAUUCACAAUUAUAUGGUGAUAAUGUAACUCGAGGUUUUGCAUAUUGGACUAAUGAUGGUGGGAGUAAGACGGGUUGCUAUAAUACCCUUUGUCGUGGUUUUGUUCAAGUUCAUUCGAAGUAUACUCCUGAUAUGCCUUUUAUCGAGACAUCAAAAGUUGGUGGCGUGCAAGUUAUUUUUAAUGCACAAAUUGCUGUUGUAAGUAACCCUAAAACUGCUCCAGGAAACCAAGCGGAAGAAGAUGCAUGUGAUGUAAUGGUGCGGGAUAAUGUAGAAGGGAAAUGGUGGUUGACACUCCAAAACAAUAUCCGGAUAGGAUAUUGGCCAAAACUACUAUUUCCAGCAUUUUCACCAGUCGUUGCAUCUAUUUUUUGGGGUGGUCGUGUGAAGUCUGGUGUAGAUGGGAUGAGUCCACCAAUGUGCAGUGGUCAACCAAUAGAAAACCAUUUCGUGGAUGCUGGCUACAUUGGUUUCCUUCAAUAUGCAGACGUGAAUAAUUUCUAUAAGAAACCAGUUAAAACGGAGUCUAUCAUCGACUGUUCGGAGCAUUAUACUGCGGCAUAUUAUCCGGACCUCAAUAAUGUUUUUUUUGGAGGGAGUGGUGGUGCCAAUUGUUUCUGA